CGGUAGUAGGGUACCGUAGCGUACGUACGUACCGUACUACAAGUACGCGUACUACUCUUCGCUUCCAAGCGCUCGGAACGCAAACGAUCAUGCGGUGGGAGGGUUCUGUUCGCUGCGUGGUGGUUGACAGCACACGAGCAGCAACAGCAGGAGACUGCACAAGAACGAAAACAAUGGUGCAACGAAAGGACACCCCCGCGGCCCGUGCUGCCCUGGCAAGGAGGAGACAGCGAGCGGCCCAGUCGCUUCGCAAGCCCUCGUCCGCAGCGGCUUCCGCUCCGGCUCUGGAACCCAGGGCCAUCCCCGGAGAAAAGCAACCAAGCGAGGGCGCGAGCGCUGCGGCGGCAACCGGAGGAAAACAGCAGCAGCAGCAGUUGCAGCAGCGCCGGGCGGCUACCGCGACCGCGGCAACGGUACCCUCGCCGAGUGCCGGCAGCAACCAAGCCAGGACGGCCCGAUCAAACAAUAAGGCACACAGGGACCUCAAAGGCAUACCAAAGAGACCGAAACCUCCACCUCCCAAGACGAUGCCGAAACCGAUGACGAAACCGACGGCGACUACGAUAGAGAGCUACGCGUCCUCCCAGCGGCAACCAAUAAAGCGGAGCAACACCAGCCAGAGCCUGACUCCCUGGGACGAGGUGAGCAGCUGGAACGACGGUGCCAGAAAUCCACCGCCGCCGACGAUGAUACCGAAACCGGCUUCUGCUUCUGUUUCGUCGGAUGUCCUCCGCCACCGCCCGGGCGACGAACCGACGGCGGGGAAAGCGAAGGCAGCAACGGGGUACACCGCCGCAACGGCAACAAACACGAUCGGCGGCAGCGAUGGCAACCGCGGGUCGAGGGAAGCAUCGAGAAGAAACCACGAAAGCGUCAUGGAACGCAGCAGGAUUGUGUCCGAAGAAUCCUCUUUGUUGAUUCGGGCCUCCCUGAGCAGGUUGCAGCCCCCACAGGAACCACCACAAGCUCGAAAACAGCACCCCGCGGUCGAUUCCGAUGUUUCGGCGAACUCUUCCGUUGGGCAGGGAGAGCACUACACAGAGACCGUCUCACAGGAUGGGAUCGUUGCUAGCACCGACAUUAGCCCAUCGGCUCGGUCGCAAACGAUCCAUUACAAACACGAAAAGAAACAAGAAGACACCGACGAACAAGAACAGUACGAGAGCCCCGAAAAAUUCGAGCGCAUCUCCAGCUUUGGAUACAUCGAAAGAACAUCGCCGCAACCGAAAGUAAGGGAUCGACGGAACCUGAGCACAAAAUCUUUCAUUGCGUCUCCAAAUGACACGCUGCGCCACGACGUAGUGUCGGCAUCCCAGUCGUCGCCGUCGGCAAACAACAACAACAACAACUACAACAACAACGACAACAACAAAGAAUUGCAGCUGCCCUCGUUUGGAAUGUCCCAUGUUCUAACACUGUCGUCCAAUGACCACAACAACAAAGUCUUCAUCGACCGCGACCACCUUGUACGUCGAAGCAGUAGCGAGAAAGAUGAUCACGAUUCUUCCGUGAUGUCGACGACGCCACCGCACCACCGAACGAAAACGACAAAUCGCAGCGGCUGCAUCAUGGACGACCCGUAUUCCAUGAUGUUUCCAACUAGCCCGCAGGCCGCCAUCGAAGACACCCGGGCGGCCGUUUCCGAGGCACUCAUGAUGGUCGGCGAAACCGCUGCUGCCGCGGCCAGCGAUGCCGCGGAAGCACUGACGUCCAUGAUACCAUCGCUGCAGCAAUCCAUCCAGAACCCGAGCGGGUUCGUCCUGCCCAGGCGGAGCCACUCGCCCAGGCGAACGAUAUCGCCCGAGAAGAGGCCUUCCCCGCGACGGUUCCGCGCCGAAAAAGACAGCGGGGGAUCCCCCAGGCGGAAUCCAACCCAACCGGGCACCGCGAAGCGGCGGGAGGCAAAGCCGGGCCGGGAUCCGUACGAGCCGCGCACGCCGUACAUCUCGGAAAUCACCAGGCGCGGGGUUGCCCCCCGAUCGCACGCGGUGCGGACGGCCACCGAACCGAUCCAGAGCUGCUCUCCGCAACCAGCAGAGGAGCUGCCAGAAGAUUCCGUGGGGCAUUCGCACUCCGAGUUGCCAGGCACGACUUUGUCGGCGUGGCGGCAGCAGGAGGAGCAACACGGCGAUCUGCGGGAUCUUGUCAUGGAGUCGCGCUUUUCCAUGAGCGGGGAGAAUUUGAACGCAGCCAGAGCCACCCGUUCGCCCCAUUCGGAGACACCCUCACUGCGCACUCGGUUCGAUCCACCCGCGGGUGGCAAUGGUCAUCAUGACGACACCGAUCGCCGAACGAAUACAGGCCUGCCCGAUCGCCAGCCUCUUUCUCCCAAUCGCUACGAAGCCGAUCGCCAAACRAAUGCAGGCGCGCCCSAUCGRCAGCCUMUUUCUYCCARUCGCUACGAARCCGAUCGCCAAACGAAUGCAGGCKCGCCCCAUCGGCAGCCUAUUUCUYCCARUCGCUACGAAACCGAUCGCCAAACGAAUGCAGGCUUGCCCCAUCGGCAGCCUAUUUCUCCCAAUCGAUAUGGCGGCAGCGGCAACCAAAUCCAGCUCUAUCGUUCCUCCGCAAUCUCACUCGCACCCCUUCCUGAGAUGCUGGAAGGUUCCGCUGCCCGACCAAAUUUUAACGCAAAUCCUGCACAAAGAUUAGAAAGCAAUGACACCAAUCACACAGAACCAUCGGACGAAAUACACGUAGAUCCAAUCAAGCAGCGGGAGGGUCGAAACCGGCCCUAUCGAAAAUUCCCUCGAGGCAAUAGAGAAGGGCAGGAUGUUGACGUAGCUUGCCUGCACUCUGGAGAUUCCGUUAUGCUGCAAUCUUGUAGCUUAUCUGCAACAUUACAGAUGGGCAACGACGGCAUCCUUGCUGAAUUCAAUGGUCCAUGCCUCGGAAACAACGCAGAAUCGCUGAGAAUCUUCAGAGUAGAAGACGAUGGUGUUUCUCCGUUAAUGGAGGGUGAUGUAGUGUACAUAGAGUUAUCUGGCGCGCAACAACAUCGCGCUCUCGGUGUGCGAAAGAGAUGCAACGAUACCAAUGCAAUGGACGAGAUUGGAUUUUUUGGGGACGGCAGCGAAGAAUCCGAUCUUUGGAUCAUUCGUUCCGCAAAAGCAGGCACCGAGCUGUUGGUUGGGAAAGCUGCAGUCGCCGGGAAAUCGACAAGUCAGGAUGCGGGCAUGGUUAUACCAGUAAGGAGUGGUAGCUCCAUUUUGCUCAUGAAUUGCUCAAAUGGGGGCUUGCUCUCGAUACGAAACGGGGUGCCAGUGCUGCGAACUGAUUCCUAUGAUCCAAACACGACCCCAUUUUCUGGUGAUCCGAGUUUGUUGGGAAGUUUGGGACGCCACGACAAACUCGAACCAUCUGUGCGGGAGACCUUUCAGCUAUUGAAAAGCUUUAUUCCACCUUGCCCUAGCUGGGCCGUGCCGAAAGGAAUGGGGGAACGCCUGUUCUUGAACGGGUCAUAUUUAUCGAAACCACUGCGGAACCAAAAAGAAAACAUCAGUGUCAAGAGCAAUUUAUCAUCGGAUGCGAAAGAAAACAUUCUAGUUGACGAGAUUAUUGGAUCGUUUCUUGGUCUAGAGGGUUUGUACAUUCGAUUGAAAGGAUCUGAAGGAUGUUCAUUGCAUGGCAAUCUUGGUUCGUUCCAACUUUUUGACAGCUCGGACGUGACGUUCGAUUUGAGUCUUCGAAAUCUUGUGGAUAAGAUUCUGCCACUUUCCACCUCCUAUAUAUGUGUACAGAAUUUUGUUGGCUCGCACUAUCCCGGAUACGAAUACGGCAGAGUGAUGCAAGCUUUCUGCGAAGGCCUCGAUACAUUCCUACAACAAUUUGUUUCGUUCGUUGCCCAACUCGACCAGAAAAUUAGGAAACCUCCGUCCAGUGGAGCCUUCACAAUGAAGAAUAUACACUUCGAGAUCACACCCCUUCUACACUCAAUGUCCAUUCUGAAACACACAACGGAAGUAGUAUUCGGCAAAAAGGGAGGGGCCCUGAUCAAUGCUCUUCGUUCACUGGAAAAGAGAGUUUACAUGGGCGACACAGUGGCAAAAGAUUUGUUCGGAACUCUGUUGGAUCGAGCCUCCGCGCCCUACGCGGAAAUGCUAUCGAUCUGGCUUCAGUCGGGCAGGCUUGUGGAUCCGUACGAUGAAUUUAUGAUCGAGAAAACUUCCGAAGAGAAAGACAACGCCUCGCUGGAUGGGGACACGUGGUCAGCGCUUUUUGCUAUAAAUGAGGAACACGUAGUGGGUGAUAUUGUUCGGAACCAAAAGUAUAAAAACAUGAUUUUGGUCACAGGAAAAUAUUGGAAUGCAGUGCAAGCUUGCACCGUAGAUACCAUGAAUUCAGUUGAGACGCAAUCCGGGCCACUGGAGCUGAAAAAACUUCAGUUCCAGUCAGAUUCAUCACAAAUUUCGAGUUACAUCGACUCCAUGUACAAGUCUGCCUCAGGGAACCUGAUGAAUAUUCUCAAGCACGAAUACAAUUUGAGAGAAUCGCUACAAGUCAUGAAGCGAUAUUUUCUGUUGGAUCAGGGUGAUUUCUUGGUGAAUUUCCUCGAAGCCGCAGAGGAGGAACUGGCAAAGCCGUUCGAAAAUGUAUCCAUCGGGCGCGUGCAGCACUUUCUCGGAAUUUCGGUUCAAGCCACCGAAUCACAGAAGAACGACGAUUUUGACUCGAGCAAUUCGUUCCGCUCCAAGAACUCGCGCCAAUUUUCCCCAAACGGUUUGCGAUGCAGACUGGCCAAACAUAGUCUUGUAUCGUACUUGGACUCCAUCUAUGGAGGAAUCGAAGACCUAGGGCACAACACUCCAUCGAAACGAAUGUAUAGUUCUACCAAGCAGGGCAUGGCGGGAUUCGAUUACUUUGAAAUCGAAUUUCCCCGUGUGCCCUUUCCAAUCUCGCUGAUCAUCUCUCCCACCUCGAUGGAGAGCUACAAGAUGCUCUUCCGACAUUUAUUUUUUGCAAAGCACGUUGAACGGCGCAUGGUCGCCGUGUGGUGCGACCACCAGGUGCUGAAAAAGCUCGACGCGCUGCGUGGCCUGCUCGGGCCUACCUUCCUGCUGCGCCAGCGGAUGCUGCACUUCGUGCAGAACCUAAUGAACUACAUGACCUUCGAGGUAGUAGAGAGCAAUUGGCUCGAAAUGCUUUCCGCAAUCGACGCCUCCGAAGACAGCACGCCGGGUCAGACGCAGCAAACGGUAGACGACUUGCUGAAGAUUCACGACGGGUUUCUGCACAAAACAAUCCAAGCGUGUCUUCUCCAGAACCCACCUCUCAUCAAGACCUUGAUAAAGCUGCUGAAUACGUGCCUGCUUUUUUCGGACCAGAUGAAACGAUUUAUUGACAGUACGAAGAUAGUAAGUAAAGUUUUAGAAUGAAUCGAUGACGGCGUCGUUAGCUGGACUGUUGUGUCUCGCGUGAUUCUCAACAGCACCCUUGUUUUCUUUGAUUUGUUUACUUUACUUUUGUCUCCAAACCUCCCGCGCUGUUCCAGCACGAUGACUCGUUCAACACCGCAAUCGAAAAGCGCGAUGCAGUCCAGCGAAACCUGAACGAGCGGCGGUCGUUUCAGCCGGUGGCCCGCGACCAGAACAAGCUCCGGCGGGCCCUGGUGUCGGUGAAGGAAGAACGGGCUAUCCUCCUGCAGCGGCAGACUAGGCGGGUCGGCAGGGAGAUCUGCAGCGACUCGUACAAGAAGAUGGUCCGCAGGUUCGAUGAGGUCUUCAGCACCGAUUUGUCGGCAUUUGUGGUGCAGCUCCGCAACAGCCGCGCCGGUUCCGGAACGGUGGCCAACCUCGGGAUGCGGCUAGACUGGAACGGGUUCGUCUCGAGGGGCGUGGCCGUCCGGAAUCGCAGCUAUUGAAACGGGUCAAGCCUGUAAUACGAAAAUUCUACUACUAGAAGCUUGAAUAUUUGAACUGAUCUAGAACUAUAUUGUUUCGUCCACGAUUUAUGUAAACUAUCGGAACUACUUAGUAUUGUAACCGUUGAGUAGCAUCGAAAUUACACUUACACUAACAAACACCAUUAAUUUUU